UCUUCCUACGGGACUCCACUUUUCCCCCGCUCCCUUUUAGUCACUUUAGCAUACAAUCCAACUGUCUAGCUUAUCAAAUGCUACUGUUUUAGAAGUUUGCUUGACUUUUCAGCUUGUUUUCUCUUGCGGUUCUUCUUGACGGGGGGAGGCAGACAGGUGGACAGGAUGCAGCCGCCGGUCGGGACUGCAGUGCGGGCGGCCAGGAUAGGGUCACUCUGCCCGCUCCUGGUGCUGGCAGUGGCGGCAUGUUUGACCACGGGAUAUGCCCAGGAGCUGCCCACGAACGGAGUGAACGGGUACAGUUUGCACCCGCCGUAUUUUAACCUGGCAGAGGGCACAAAAAUCACGGCGACGGCGACGUGCGGAGAGGACGAAAGCGGCAGAGCGGUGCAUGACCUGUACUGUAAGCUAGUGGGAGGCCCCGUGUCCGGAGACCCAAGCCAAACCAUCCAGGGUCAGUACUGUGACAUCUGCAGCCCGGGGGACACUGACCGCGCCCACCCCAUCACCAACGCCAUCGACGGGACGGAGCGAUGGUGGCAGAGCCCUCCCCUCUCCAGAAACACCGAGUUCAACGAAGUCAACGUCACCCUGGACCUCGGACAGCUCUUCCAUGUGGCCUACGUUCUGAUCAAAUUCGCCAACUCUCCCAGACCCGACCUCUGGGUUCUGGAGCGCUCCAUAGACUUUGGGCAGACCUACCAGCCGUGGCAGUUCUUUGCACACUCUAAGAGAGACUGCAUCGAGCGCUUUGGCCAGAGGACCAUCGAAAGAAUCAACCACGACAAUGACGUCAUCUGCACCACAGAGUACUCCCGCAUCGUGCCCCUGGAGAACGGAGAGAUCGUCGUGUCCCUGGUGAACGGUCGUCCUGGAGCCAUGAACUUCUCAUACUCCCCGGUGCUCCGAGAGUUCACCAAAGCCACCAACAUCAGACUGAGGUUCCUGCGCACCAACACUCUGCUUGGCCAUCUGAUGGGCAAAGCUCUGCGCGACCCCACUGUGACUCGCAGGUAUUAUUACAGUAUCAAGGACAUCAGUAUCGGAGGACGCUGUGUGUGUAACGGUCAUGCCGAAGCCUGCAACGCCAAGGACCCCAACGACCCCUACAAACUCCAGUGCGACUGUCAGCACAACACUUGCGGCGUGUCAUGUGACCUGUGCUGUCCCGGAUACAACCAGUUACCAUGGAAACCGGCUACGACCUACAGCGCCAACGAGUGUGAACCCUGUAAUUGUCACCGCCAUUCGUUUGACUGUUACUACGACCCCGAGGUGGAGCACAGGAGAGAAAGUCUGGAUGCACACGGACACUACAGAGGAGGAGGGGUCUGUCUCAACUGCCAGCAUCAUACGACUGGAGUGAACUGUGAGCGCUGUAUCCCGACCUACUACAGAUCUCCGGACCACAGCAUCGAGUCUCCACUGGCCUGUUCACAGUGUGACUGCCGUUCAGAGUUCACAGACGGCACAUGUGAGGAUUUUACUGGUCAAUGUUUCUGUAAACCAAACUACACCGGAGAGAACUGUGACUCCUGCGCCAGCGGCUUCAUCAACUUCCCCGAGUGUUACCCCAUUCCCACAUAUCCAACCAACAACAACAACGGAGAGGCCAAACCAGCUGGAGAGAUUAUCAAUUGUGAGUGCAGCGCUGCAGGUACAGUGGAUAACUCGUGCAGACCAGACCCCAGGACCAGGACCUGUGUGUGUAAACCAGGCUUCACCGGAGACCACUGUGACACCUGCGCUCCAGGCUUCCACGGGCUCAACUGUCAGGCUUGCCAGUGUUCCAGUCCGGGCUGCCUGGAUGGGUCAUGUGACUCAGUGACUGGACACGGGGUCUGCCGCAGUGGGUUCCAAGGAUACGAGUGUGACCGCUGUGCCCCCGGGUACUUCAACUACCCCCUCUGCCAACUGUGUGGCUGCAGCAGCAUUGGUUCUGUCCCUGAGGUCUGUGAUGUCUCCGGCCGAUGUCUCUGUAAACCUGAGUUCACUGGACCCAGAUGUGAACAGUGCAGAUCUGGAUUCCACUCCUAUCCAAACUGUGAAGUUUGCACAUGUGACCCCCGCACCGCCCUGGACACCACCUGCUCCUCUUCUGGACACUGUCACUGUCGCCCAAACUACAGCGGACCCUCCUGUGAACAGUGUGCCCCCGGGUUCUACGGCUACCCCAGCUGCUCCCCUUGCCAGUGCUCCGCUGAAGGCUCCCGCUACAGCAGCUGUGACCAGGAGAGUGGCCAGUGCUCGUGUUUACCCCAUGUGGUGGGACAGAAGUGCGACAGCUGUGCUCACGGGGCGUACGGAUUCCCAAACUGCCAAUCUGGCACCUGUCAUCCUGCUGGCUCAGUGCAGUACGUGGUGCCACCUCCAGUGGGUGAGUGUGAAUGUCGUCAUAACGUUGAAGGUCCAGCGUGUGACCAGUGCAAGCCUCUGUUCUGGAACCUGUCUCCUGAUACUCCUGAUGGCUGCUCCAGCUGUGAAUGCAACGUAGCUGGUACUGUGAGUGGAGUAGCUGAGUGUGCACAGGAAAGUGGCCAGUGUCACUGCAAACCAAACGUGUGCAGUGGGACCUGCUCCACGUGUAAAGACGGAUACUACGACCUGCAGGAGUACAACUACUUUGGAUGCCAAGGCUGUCAGUGUGACAUUGGAGGAGCAGCUGGUCAGUCGUGUGGAGAGAGAAAUGGACGAUGCCGCUGCAGACCCAAUGUGGAGGGACCCAAGUGUAACCUUCCUCGUCCUGACCACUUCUUCCCCGAUCUGCACCACCUGAAGUUUGAGAUCGAGGAGGGCACCAUGCUGGACGGCAGACCUGUGCGCUUUGGGUACAACCCUGUGGAGUUCAGGGACUUCAGCUGGAGAGGGUACGCCCAGAUGAGCCCCAUUCAGUCGCGUGUGGUGGCGCAGGUCACGGUGAGCUCUCCGGACCUGUUCAGAGUCCUGCUGAGGUUCAUAAACAGGGGGGGCACUCCGGUGUGGGGCAGGGUCACCAUCCUGGAGGAGGCGUGGCACUACUACUGCCACCACUGCUCUGAACAGUCCAAACAGAUCGUCUUUGCCCCCAGCGCUGAGCCCACAUUCGUGAACGUCCCUCAGAACAACUUUGUGGAGCCGUUUGUCCUGAACCCGGGCACCUGGACCGUGGUCAUCGAGGCCGAGGGCAUCCUGCUGGACUACCUGGUGCUGCUGCCUAGUGCUUAUUACGAAGCUCCUAUUCUACAAAUCAAAGUCACUGAACCGUGCACCUAUGGCCCUGUCCCAGAUGUCAGCCAAAACUGUCUGCAGUACACGUACCUGUCCCUGGACUCUUUCCCCUCCAUCUCCGGUAACGAUGCAAGCUGUAGAAACGAUAACCACCUCCCCCGCCCCUGCCCCACGGAGAAGGUCACCCCACGGCACCCGGACAUGGCGGUCUGCAGCGGGUUUGAUAUUAGCAUUGAGCUGCGCGGCCGUGUGCCAGCUCCUGGAGAGUUUGUUCUGGUGGUGGAGUUUUCCAGUGAAGAGGAACUGCCCCAAACUCUUUCUGUGUCUGUGAACGAGCCCAGAGGCCGAGCGCACACCAGCACCCUCACCCUGCUGCACUGCAAAUACAGCUUCCUGUGCCGAGCUGUUGCCGUGGACGAUCAGAACCGCGUGUCCGUUUUCUCGCUGCCCACCGACGCAGAGGUGCUGCUCAACGCCGAGAGGGCCAGCUUCUUCCUGCACAAAGUUUACCUGGUGCCCAAGGACCAGUUCACCAUGGAGUAUGUUGAGCCUAAAAUCCACUGCAUCAGCACGCACGGACAGUUCGCUCCUGACACCACGUCCUGCGUCCCGUCCCGUUUCCAGACUCCCUCUAACUCCCUGGUGCUGAAGGAGGGCCAGAGCUCAUCGAUGCAGGAGCCCGUCCUGGCAUCGCCCGCUGAGGCCGUGCCCCUGCCCCCUCCACAUGGCUCACCACAGGCAGACGCGUCCUGGAGCGCCAUCGGGGGAGAGAGACCACCCCUGGGUGCAGACAAUGCAGACCACAUCAGGCUCGACUCUGUGCAGAAUGCCGCUGUGUACUCCACCCGUGUGCACACACUGGGCAGAUACGUGUUCAUCCUCCAUUACCACCAGCCCCAGCACCCCUCCUACCCUCUGCAGGUCUACAUCAACGGGGGACGCAUCUGGCAGGGUCAGACUAACGCCUCGUACUGCCCUCACGCGUUCGGCUGCCGUAACGUCCUUGUGGCAGAGAAUCAGAUCAUUUUAGACGUCACCGAUCAUGAAGUCUUCCUCACUGUUCAGAUCCCGGCAGGAAAAACACUGUGGCUGGAUUAUGUGCUUGUGGUGCCUGAGUCGUCCUACAGCUCCAGUUAUCUGAACGAGGAACCACUGGACAAAUCCUAUGACUUUAUCACCAACUGUGGACAGAACAGCUUCUACAUCAACCCGACCACAGCGUCUCCGUUCUGCCUGAGUUCGGCGGUCUCCCUCUCGGCCUUCUUUAAUAACGGAGCGAUGCCCUGUGGGUGCCAUGAGGUGGGGGCAGAGAGCGACUCGUGUGAGCCGUUUGGAGGGCAGUGCCUCUGCAGACCCAACGUGAUCGGGCGAGACUGCUCCAUGUGCGCCACCGGCUUCUGGGGGUUCCCUAACUGCAGACCCUGUAACUGUGGCACCAGACUCUGUGAGCCUGUGACUGGAGACUGUAUCUGCCCUCCCCGCACCCUGCUGCCUGAGUGCACCCAGUGUGAGCCCCAGACCUUUGGCUGCCACCCGGUGGUCGGCUGUGAGAUCUGCAACUGCUCCAGGGCGGGCAUCCUCUCCCCCGAGGCCAGCUGUGACCACCUCAGCGGGCAGUGCAGGUGUAAGGACAAUGUCGUGGGUCGCCAGUGUGACCGCUGUGCCCCUGGUUUCUAUGGUUACCCAAACUGCAGACCGUGCGACUGUAACGAUGCAGGAACAGAGGAGGAAGUGUGCAACUCCUUCACCGGACAGUGUGUCUGCAAGGAGAACGUGCAGGGCCCCCGCUGUGACCAGUGCAGAGUGGGCACCUUCCACCUGGACCCCACCAACCCCAAAGGCUGCACCAGCUGCUUCUGCUUCGGAGCCACUGACCGCUGCCGCAGCUCAGACAAGCGACGCUUUGAGAUCAUGGACAUGGAGGGCUGGGUGCUGCUAGGAGCUGACAGACAGGAGGUGCCCGUGAGCGUGUACCCAGGACAGGACCUGGUGGAGGCCGAUCUCACAGAUGUGCCUGAUAUUUACCAGGACCUUCACUGGCACGCCCCCAAAGCCUACCUCGGAGACAAGGUGUCAUCUUAUGGCGGCUCCCUCAGAUACAGACUCCACACUCAGACCAUGAGAGGAGACGCUCUGCUGCCGGCCGAGUCCUCCAGACCCGAUGUCAUCCUCAAGGGAAACAAAAUGACGCUUGUGUUCAUGGAAAGAGAGUACCCCUCAGCUGAAGACCCUCACAGUGGAAUAGUGCACAUUGUGGAGGGCAGUUUCCGUCACGCUCAGACUGGUAACGCGGUGUCUCGAGAAGAGCUGAUGAUGGUGCUGGUGUCUCUGGAGUCUAUGCAGAUCAGGGCUCUUCACUCACAGUCGGCCCACUCUGUGUCCAUCCGAGGGGCCGUGCUGGAGGGGGCGGAGACUCUGCCCGCUGGACGACAUGCGAAUAAUGUGGAGAUCUGCAUGUGCCCCGCCAACUACCAGGGAGACUCGUGCCAGAAAUGUGCUCCUGGGUACUACAGAGUCACCAUUGGUCUGUUCCUGGGUAAAUGUGUCCCCUGUAACUGUAACGGACACUCAGAUCAGUGUCUGGACGGGUCUGGCAUCUGCAUGAACUGUCGUCACAAUACAGCAGGCGAUCACUGUGAGAAGUGCCAGGGUGGCUUCAUGGGCAACAACACUCUGGACGGUCAGGCUGUGUCCUGCUCCAGCUGCCCGUGCCCGCUCAGCGUGUCCUCUAAUAACUUUGCAGAGGGCUGUGUGCAGAAGACUGACAGGAUGCAGUGUCUGUGUAUGCCCGGAUACGCAGGACCCCACUGUGAACGGUGUGCCCCCGGUUACUACGGAAACCCCAUGGUGAUUGGCAGCAGGUGCGAGCCGUGCCAAUGUAACGGGAACACAGACAGUAACAUGUUGUUCACAGACUGCCACCCUCUGACCGGAGAGUGUCUGGGCUGCAUGCACAACACCGCAGGCCCCCACUGUGAACUGUGUGCCCAGGGUUACUAUGGAGAUGCCAUUCACGCACAGAACUGCACCAAAUGCAGCUGUUCUCCUUGUGGCACUGAGUCAUGUGACCCCCACACCGGACAGUGUCGCUGCAAACCAGGAGUCACAGGUCCUCUCUGUGACCGUUGUGAGGAUGGUAUGUUUGGGUUUGACUCGUGCUUGGGCUGCCGUGCCUGUGACUGCGAGGCGUCUGCUGCUCUGCUCCAGCCCUGCGACCCUCUGACAGGUGCCUGCUCCUGUCAGCCCGGAGUCAACGGACCCAACUGCAAACAGUGCGCCCCUGGAUUCUGGGACUACGGACCUGACGGAUGCAAGAAGUGUAACUGCAGAGGGGGGCGCUGUGACCCCAGGACCGGAGAGUGUCGCUGUCCGGACGGGAUGACGGGGAAACAGUGUGACACCUGCACGAACCAGUACAGUGUCCCAGUGGAGCACCAGCACUCCAUGCACUGUGAAACCUGUGACAGCUGUGUGAUCGUGUUAUUGGAGGAUUUGGACAAAAUGAACGAGAACUUCACGUCUGUGGCCGGUCAGCUCAGGAACCUGAACGCCAGCUCCAUCGCGUGGGCCCAACUGGACAACCUCAACAAGACCAUGGACGACAUCGCUCACUCCAUUGAAAACUACAACAGCACUCUGGACAGCAGUAGAGACAAAGCUGAAAUGUUGGAGGCUGAAGUGGACAAUGUAAACUCUGACAUUGAUGAACUACAGAACAAGGCAUCAGCGCUGAGUCAGCGCGCUGGAAACCUUGGGGACAGUUCAAACUCCACUCACCAGAGAGCAGAGGACUUACUGUCUUUUAUCAACAACAUGACCAUGGACAUUAAUGACCUUCUCUUGAUGGCAAACCGCUCGCUGAACUCCACAGACGAGGACCAGGAUGAAGGGGACAGGGAGAAGAUGAUGAACGAGGUCCAGGCCAUGCUCAGAGAGAUGAGGUUCAGGAGCUGCAGUGGACAGAAGAAGAUCGCCGACCGCGAGAAGACCGAGGCACAGAAGUUGCUGGACCGUGUGUAUGAUGAGCUGGCAGACAGACAGCUGGGCAAUGAGAACACCACACACUGGAUCAAAGACCAUCUGAACAAGUUCAGGUCACAGAUGAUGGACCUGAGAGACGCUCUGAACGAAGCAGUGAACAACACGGCCCGAGCAGAAGAGAUCAACACUAACAACGAGAAGGCCAUUGAAGACCAGCAGAGGAGAGUAGACGAGCUGGUGUCCCAAGAGAAGGAGGUGAACGAGCAGCUGCAGAUGGCUGAAGACGACAUCGCUGCAGUCAACGAUCUGCUGUCCAUGCUCCAGGACUCCAAAGAGGAGUAUGAGCGUCUGGCCGCCCAGUUGGAUGGAGCCAGGACACCUUUGGCUAAAAAAGUGGACAGUUUUGCCUGGACUGAAUCCAAAAUUCCCCUGGUGGAACAGGCUGAGAAACACGCCGAGAUGCUCAACGAACUCGCCAUGAAUAUCUCCAGUUUGGUUGAAGACACGAAGAAGGAUGGUUUUGUGGAUGUGACUCAGGCCUAUAAUAAAAUCAUCAACAGUGUCAAAGAGGCGGAGGAGGCAGCCAACGUGGCCGACAAGGCUGCCACCAAAGCACUGGAGCACGUGAAGAAUCAGGACUUGGGUCAGGUCGCAGACUCACUGAAGAACCACAGCCUGGAGCUCAAGGACGAGGUGGAGAAACUGAGAGAUGAACUCAACAAUGAGUUGAACCCAAAGUUGGAGGAAACGAAGCAGAGACUGGACGACGUCAAAGACAAACAGAAAAAUGUGACCGUGGAGCUGGAGAAGAUUUUAAAUAACCUGAACUUCACCACAAAUGUGACUAAGGAGAUCCAAGAGGCUAAAGACUUGGCUGAAAAGGCAAACACCACGGCAACAAAUGUGAACAACGCUCUUCAACCAAUCAAAGAACAGCUGGACAAAUGGCAGGACACGUACGGAGACGCCAACGCCACCAACACGGAUAUCAACAAUGCCCUGGCAGACGCCAACAUGACAGUGAAGAUGUUGGGAGACACAGUUCCUCUGCUCCUGAAGAAACUCGACAAACUCCAGAACCACACGGCCCAAAUGCCAAACAUCUCUGAGAGCAUCACCCGCAUCAGAGAGCUGAUCCAGCAGGCCCGCAACGCCGCCAGCAAGGUGGGCGUCCCGAUGAAGUUCAAUGGCACCUCGGGAGUCCAAGUCCGAAACCCGUCGAACCUGGCAGACCUGGCAGCCUACAACAACCUCAAGUUCUACAUCACCCUCCCCGAGACCACAGUCCGCAAGAGACGCCAGGACGAGGCCACCAAGCAGUUUGUCUUCUACCUCGGCAACAAAGAUUCCUCUAAGGAGUUCCUGGGCAUGACUCUGGAGGGGAGGAGGCUGCGCUGGUACUUCAACAUCGGAGGAGACACUGCACAGGUUCUGAUGACCGAAGACGUCAAGGCCGAUGGCAACUUCAACAGAGUGGUGCUGGAGAGGAUCCUGCAGUACGGUCAGAUGUCCAUGUCUUCUGAGGCCGAAGACAGAGAGCAGAGAGUGACCAAAGGCAAUGUGGAGGCCGGAGGAGAUCAGGGCCUGCUCAGCCUGUUAACAGAUGACACUGUGUUCUACGUGGGAGGGUACCCCAGCUCCUUUACGCCUCCUCCAGAACUGGCUCUGCCCAACUUCAAGGGCUGUAUCGAACUGGACACUCUGAACGAGGAGGUGCUGAGUCUGUACAACUUUGAGAAUGUUUUCAACCUCAACACGACUGAGGACCGACCCUGCGGCAGGUUGAAGCCUCUGCUGACUCAGGCCUGGGUGAACGAUGCGGCGUACUUUGACGGCACCGGCUUCGCUCAGGUCGCCUUCUCCAGUGAAGUACCCAGGAUGCAACGCUUCGAACAGGAAGUCAGGCUGGUCUCACACAACGGCAUCCUCCUCCUGCUUCUCAACAAGGACAAGUUCUUAUGUCUGGCCGUACAACAAGGCUUCCUCAAGGUCUACUACAACUUUGAUGGAGAAAUGAAAGAGCUCAUGCCCAAAGAACCCAACUCCCCCUUCCUCAAGAUCAGUGACGGAGAUUCCAAAGCUUUGGAGAUCAUAAUCCUGCGCCCUCCUACGGAGCGUGUGGUGGUGAGGAACAACCGGAUCACUCUCCACAACGAGCUGUUUACGAACAUCCCCCCCUUCACCACCUCCUACUACCUGGGAGGAGUGCCCCAGGACAAGAUGCCUGAGCCGCUGAAGUCCAUGUUCCCAAAGCAGGGCUCUUUGAAGGGCUGUUUUAGGAACGUCAAAGCUCUGACCUCUCACAUCGACCUGAAGAGGAUGAUCACCACCGGCGUGAGCUUCGACUGUGACAGCGACCUCCUGGUGGCGCGAGAGGCUCACUUCACCGGGCAGAGUUACCUGAACCUGAACCUGCCCGCAGUCCCCAGUCUCAGGAACAACUUCUACGCCAGCUUCAGUUUCAGAACAGACCAGAAGGACGGACUCAUGUUCUACCACAAAGAUUCAGAGGGCGAGUGCCGGAUCUUCUUGAAUCAAGGACAUGUUGAGGUCAGAGCCGGAAACAACGGAGUGAAGACUCAGAAAACCUAUAAUGAUGACAACACUCACUACGUGGCUUUGUACAAUAACAACAAUGGAAUCCGCCUGUACAUGGACGACGUGCUGGAGAAGGCUAAGGAGGGCAUCACCGUCAGCAGAACCCCAGGAGGAGCAGCCACUCUGGGCAUCACGUACCUGGGAGGGACCCCCGACCAGAGCCUGGCCAACCUCACCGGCUGCAUCAGUAACGUCUUUGUGAAGAGUGAGACGCCCAGUCAGAUGGUGCUGGAUCUGCUCAAGGCCAAAGAAAACGUGAAUGUCCCGCUGAAGUGUCCGGCUGCUCAGAAACCUCAGCAGAUCCGAGCCACGCCCCCCAAACCCAGCAAGCCCAAGGGUAAGAACAGGAAGCCUUCAGGAUCCCGGAGCAGAAACACCAGAGACUCGUGUCAGUCUGAGCAGGCGCUGGUGGAGCCCGGAGCCUCUCACUUCAGCGGAUCCACUCACAGCUUCCACAGAUACGACUCCCUCAACCUCAACUCUCUGCCCCACAUCUCUUUGUCUGUGAGGAUAAACUCGUCUGACGGCCUGAUCCUCCACGUAGUCGGGGGGCGCCGCAGUAAAACGGUACUGUCUCUGAGUGUUUCUGAAGGACACCUGCAGCUGCUGCUUGACGGAAGCAAGAAGAAGAUCACUCUGCACAGCCGCAAGAAGUACAUUGAUGACCAGUGGCACACGGUGUUCAUAAAGCGCGAGGGGGAGAAGCUGAGUCUGGUGGUGGAUGGGAUCAGCGCUCAGUCCAAGAAGAUCCCAGGAGGAGACAAGAUCAAACUGUCUGGACCCCUGUACAUCGGCGGCCUGCCCCCCACUCUCAGUGCCCCUGGCUCCUCUGGGUUUGUGGGCUGCGUCAGAGACCUGAGACUGAAUGACGCUCCUGCAGGACUCCCCUCACAGAGCCAGGGCACAGUGCCCUGUUUCCAGCAGCCGCUCCAGCCCGGGGCCUACUUCACCGGAGAGGGGGGACACAUCGCUUUAGACGAGUCCCUGGUGCUUGGAGAGGACUUUACUAUUAAGCUGGAGGUUCGCCCGGUCUCAUACUCUGGACUCCUGUUGCAUGCUGGGACAUCGGCUAACCACUAUCUGAAUGUGGUCCUAAACCAGGGAGAGGUGAUGGUGUCUAUGAAGAGCGGCACAGAGGAGCUGUUCACCUCCUUCUCUCCUGAAGAGUCUUUGUGUAACGGACGCUGGCACACACUCACCGUGAUGAAGAAGAACGACGCCCUGACCCUCCAUGUGGACUCGGACUCGGAGCAGCGCGUCAGCCCCAAACACAGGGCCUCAGCUGGGGCUAAAGAGACCGUGUACCUGGGGGGAGUACCAGGUGGCGUCGCAGUACCUAACCUCCCUGAAAACCUGCCUUCGUUCCACGGCUGUAUCCGCCUGGCGUCAGUGAACCACCGGGCGGCGCUGUUGUCCAAGCCCCUGUCCGUGCACGGGGCAGUGGGGACGCGAGGCUGCCCCCACAUGUAGCCCUGUCCACGCUCUCUCUCACAUUCCCAAAUUGAAACACGGUGGUGGGUGUCCAGAUACUGUAGCUAAUUUAAAGACUAUAUAUUUGAAUAUUUAUUAUUUUUUUGCAAGAGAAGUGUAUAUUUUAUAUUUUCCGUGAUGUUUUUGUUUUGCAUAAAACUAGUUGUGUUAAAUGUGCUACAGGGUGCUACUACAAUGACAACUCAGAGACGCACUGAUGUAAGAUAUUCACAGGCUCCAUCUCAACUCUUUCCUCACUUUCUUUUCCUUGGUUCCUUUCCUCGAUUCUCCGUUUUUCAGCUGACGAAGGGGUCUGUCGUCCCGGGCCCCAGGGUAUUUUUAGGGGCCCAGAAACAUUAAUUUAUAAUCGAGGGGGGCCCAUGUGAGGAUUCUUGCCCCUAGGCCCCCUCAAUUUCUGUCGACGGGCCUGAAAAUAUACAACAUUAAAUGCGUACUAUGUAAUUUUUUGGUUGGGGGUCUGUCACCUGCUUGUUUCCAUGGAUACAUCAUUGUUCUGCUUAGGUUGUGCCGCAGUAUGACAUUAAAAAACUCAGUUACAGGUGGUUUUACAACUCAGAAAUACCUACAAAAGCCGUAACUUGGUUUGGUUUGGUCUCCAUGAAGAUAGAAAGGUUUAAUGCCAUACUGUGAAACAUUCCAGACAAACAAUAGCAACUCUAUGGAUUAAAAAAAGCAUCUGACAGACCCUCCACCAGAAAAGUUACACAAUGCACCUUUAAGUAAUGUCCCAAAGCUCAGAGGAGGCAUAUUUGUCUUUGUAUCAGGAGUUUAUUUUGUUACAACAACUUAAGAUCAGGGACAGAAGCAAAGGAUGCUGUAAAACUUUAUAAAAUAAUUCUGAAUUUGACAUUAAAACUAAGGAACUAGGAAAGGUCCCACUCACUUUCAGCUCGUGCAGGAUCGAGGAGAGGAAUCCAGGAGAAGGAAGCGAGGAAAGAGAAUGAGAUGCGUCCACUGUGAUUGAAUAAACAUGUACAGUUGUGUAAAUAAAUGAAAGAAAAUGUGUUGGGUUUCUGCAAAAAAUAAUAGUUGAUUUUUAUAGUAAAUUCGCAUGUUUGUUUAAUUCAAAAUAUUCCUCUUGGUUGAACACGUACAGUAUUUGGUUGAUUUUGUGGAAGUCGAGCUAAACACUAAAUAAAUCCACAACUCAGAUCAGAGUUUGUACAGUCAUGGAAAACCUGGAAAAGUCAUGAAAGAUUAAAUUCUAAUUUAAAAGUUUUGGAAUUCUCCUGUUUUUGGAAAUGUACAAAAACAAUUACAUUGAAAAAAUAAAUGUCUAAUCAAAAGUUAAAUCGGGAACUGCUGCUUAUCUUUUUAAUCCACAAAGGUAAGCUGUGAAGUAUAAUUAUUUUGUCUCAAACAGCAGAUUUAAAGUUAUAGAAAACUGGGGAAAAGUCAAGGAAAACUUGACUCUGUAUGAACCCUGGUAUAUGGUGUUUUAACAGCAUCAACUUUAGUGUAAAAUAAGUAAAUUAAAAGGCUAGCGCUGCCUCCAGUGACCUGCGUUUUCAAGUACUAUGUGACAGCACUCAGGACAGGCGUUUCUGAUGCAAACACCUGGCUGCAGGGGCGGAGUUUGAAGUGUGGAUACCUCAGUGUUCCUUAUACCUCCAGACCCCGCCCCUCUUUCCCGUUUGCCCUGCAUUCAAUUAUCCUUCUGAAUUGGUUUUCCAGGGAAAAUACCUAGCAACAUGUGUGACUCGCCUCUUUUCCUGGGACGGUGCAACUCAGACCUCGGUAAAAGUGGACCAAGCAAGGAUUCUGAGUCAGAAUCCAAGAUGGCUGUGGCUGUGUGUAAAUAUGAACUGAUUUCAUUGUGUUUUGACACUUUGAAACCACCAGUCACUCGUAUCACUGCAACCGCGUUUACUGCGUCCAUAUCACUGCCUGUGGGUCUGGAAGUUGGUGUUGUGGUGAGGCCAAUUUUGAACAAAUACUUGAUUUAAUGGGUGUUGAUGUCCCUAAGGUUGUAACAGGAGAGAAAUCAUAACAUAAAAUGAAGUGGAAAUUUUUAAAAAUGAAUUAAUUAAAGUGGUGUUUUCAUAACAUGAGGGAAUAGUCAUAAUCAUAAUCCAUGUAGUCCGACACGUGAAACAAAAUAAUUCGCUUCAAGCUCGGAUGUGACAUCAAAUCCGAGGUCCAAGUGGGAGUCAGAAAAUAAUUGAAUGCAGGGUUACUCUCUUUAGUUCUUUACGCCCAGUUUAUUAGCUCUUUUUGAAAUGUGAUUGUGGGUGGAGUUUAGGUGUUUAGUCUUACUUUAACAAUUAUUCAUCUUACAUAGAACCUACAUUUUGUUUCAGUUGUAUAAAAUGUUCAAACCUCUAACUACAUCUGGCUUUAUGUAACAAAACUGAAAAAAAAAAAAAAAAAAAACAGAAA